AUGUCAAUUCAAUGGUUCUUAUUUGUCGCUUCUCUAAUUCCACUGUUGCUUGGUGUCUAUCUCUACCAAUCUGGUCAAAACACAUUACUCAUGAGGUCGGAUGAUCAAAAACACCAUGUAGAAGCUCCUUCACUUUCUGAAUACAUCCAACAUCAUGACAAUUCGGAAUGGGAAAUUAUUAAAUCAAAUAUUAAAUUAUCGACUCCUCCCUCCACCAUUCAUCACCUCCGUCAUAAAAGAACAAAACUCGAAUGGUUUCAUGUCGAUCAUCCCAAUGACCACAAUAAUUUCUUUUCAAUUUCAUUUCGAACACCUCCUCAAGAUCAUACUGGAUUGACUCAUAUUUUAGAACAUUUAGUAUUAUGUGGAUCGAAGAAAUAUCCUGUGCGAGAUGCUUUCUUUUCCAUGUUAAAAAGAUCCUUAUCCACCUAUAUGAAUGCUUGGACUGCGGCUGAUAUGACUUCGUAUCCAUUCGGAACACAAAAUCAAAAAGAUUAUUAUAAUUUAAUGCAAAUUUAUUUGGAUGCAGUGUUUAAUCCAUUGUUACGAAAAUUGGAUUUCACACAAGAAGGAUACAGAUUUGAAUUUCAAGAACAUGAUAAUCUUCAAUCAAAUUUAACAUUCAAAGGAGUUGUCUAUAGUGAAAUGCAAGGAGUUGUGGGAGAUGCCAAUAAUUAUUUUUCAUUUGAAUUGAAUCGAUUACUAUUUGAUCGAUUCAAAAAUUUCACAUCACUACAGCAUUCUGACACUAUUUCUAAAUUUCUAAAAUCUCUCCACAGUUAUUCUUUCAAUUAUGGAGGAAAACCAGAAAAUAUUAUUGAUUUGAAAUAUGAAGAUUUAGAUGCCUAUCAUAAGAAAUAUUAUUCUCCCAAUAACGCACUAAUUUUCACUUAUGGAAGCUUUUCAUUGAUUGAUCAUCUCAACUUUGUGAAGAAUCAACAAAUUUUGGAUCAAUUCGAGGAAGUGAUGGAUGUGACGAGUGCACCUCAAGAUGAGGUCAACAAACUCGACGAUCAAAAACAUCAUUCUUCAAUAUUACAACAACACCUUCAAUCCAUGAUCACACAAUCGAACGAAAUUAUAUAUUUUUAUGGACCUGAAGAAUCCAUUGUUUACAAUCCAGAAAAACAACUCAAAUAUGCCAUGACAUUUUUCACCAAUCAACCCGCAAAUGGCUUUUUUGAGGUGUUUCAAAUGAGAAUGUUGGAUUUAUUGCUACUCGAAAAUCCAAGAGGACCACUCUAUCAAUCACUUAUUGAAUCUAAACUGGCACCUCGAUUUUUAUCCAUUACAGGAUUUGAGAAGACUGAUUUGUUACGGAAACAACCGACUUUUGUGAUUGGUGUUUCUGAAAUUGGUGAAUCAGAUGUUUCAAUCAUUGAGGAAACUAUUAACAAAACUCUUUCUUCUGUGAUAAAAGAAGGGUUUAGAAAGGAAUAUGUGGAAUCUAUUCUCAAUAGAAUUGAGAUUAGUAAUAAGAGAGUAUCAGCAAAUUAUGGAACAUCCUUAAUGAUGGAAAUUCCACCUUUUUGGUGUAAUGGAGACAGCCAUCGAUUGGAAGAAGUCAUUGAUAGUGAAAUGAAUAUCAAACGUCUUCGACAAGAGCUUGAAAAAUCUCCAACACUCUUCCAAGAUUUAAUUUCAAAAUAUUUGAGAACGGAUUUAGCAUUGAGAGUAGUCAUGAGACCAAAUAAGAAUCAAUUAAAUGAAUUUAAGGAAUUUGAACAAGCAGUGUUACAAACAACACAAAACAACAUGUCUGAAAGCGAAAAGAAACAAAUUAUUUCACAUUCUAUUCAACUUCAAGAAUAUCAAAAUGCUGAAAAAUUGAAAGAUGUUGAUGCAAUUUUACCAUCUCUCACUCUUUCGGAUAUUGACACCUCGAUUCUGUAUCAACUGGAUCCUCACAUUCAAAAUUUUCAAAUAAUGGGAAUUAAUGUGACAACAUACGAACAAGAAACAAAUGGUUUGAUUCACUUGAGUGUCAAUGUAGAGUUGUGGGAUGGAGAGAAAAUUCUUUUGGACAAACAGCUGAUCGACUUGUUGCCAUUUUUCACAUACUGUCUAACAAAGAUGGGAACUCGAGAAUUAGACAAAAAAGAGCUUACAGAGAAGAUUGACAUGUUCACAGGAGGCAUUACUUCGAAUUUAUUCUUUUCACCCAAAGCAAUUCCAUCACCUAGGACUUGUAUUGAAAAGUUUGGAGUGAAUCUCUAUUCGGAGGCUGUUUAUGAAAAGAUGCCAAUCAUGUUCAAGUUACUUUUAGAUAUAAUGACAUCUCCUCGUUUUGAAGAUGUGAAAUAUUUGGAGUCAUUAUUUGAAGAAUAUGCAACUUCCAUAAGCGAGAGCUUGACACAAAAUGGACAUGAAUUUUCUAGAUCAUACUCUGCAUCUGUCUUGAAUGAUUAUUCUUUACUCACCGAACGGUUGACAGGAGUGUCACAUUUUAUAUUUAUUAAGGAGUUUAAGAAAAUACACCAAGCCAAUUUAGCAGAAGUUUUACAAGAACGCAUGAAAUUACUUCUCCAUUCCAUUUAUCAUCAUAUGACUAUUGCAAUCACUUGUGAACAUGGACAUUUACAAGAUUUGAAAAAAGGAGUCGAAUCUUUUUUACAAGAAUUGAACAAUAGCCAACUUUCUCGAACCACACACGACUCAACAACAACAACAAUCCAAUCACUCUUAACUUUAUCCAAACGUACAAAACAAGGAACUUUUAUUGAAUUGAAUUUUCCUGUGAAUUAUGUCGCCAUCAGUUUUGCAACCAACACUUCUUAUUUAAAGAAAGACUUUGCUUCACUUUCUAUAUUUGCAGCAUUUCUCUUUCCAGUGCUUCACAAAGAAAUUCGUGAAAAAGAAGGAGCUUAUGGUCAGAAAACAAACAUGUUCAGAGAACAAAUUUUCUCUUUCUAUACGUAUAGAGAUCCUAACACUUACAAAACGAUUGAAAUAUUUCGAAGAGUAUUGAGUGAUCUUUGUGAAAACAAUUCCUCACAUGCAAUCAUGAUGAGUGAAAAAGAACUUUUUGAAUCCAAAUUAAGUGUGUUAAAGAAAUUGGACACACCCAUGGAACCUCAUCAAAGAUUUUCUUUAUACUUCUUGCAUGGUCUCACUGAUGCAAUGAGACAACAAUUUAGAAAUUAUUUGUUGCAAGUUGGAGUGGAAGAUGUGUUACGAGCAUGCCAAUUACAUCUUGUCCAUGUUCCUAAGAAUUUGCAAUACAUGACCAUCCUUGGAUCCAAACCAAAAGAAGAAGAAGGAGUUGUGGAGUACUUUGAUUUUGUUUCACUAUGA